AAAACUCUUUGACAGUCUUGAAUCGCCUUGAACGAUUUUCCUUGUUUCUAUCCUUUUUCUUAUUCCAUUCUAACACUGUUUAACGUAUCGAAAACUAUUUUUAUUAGCGUUAUUACGGAGGACGUUCGAUGUCGACGUCGACGACGUUUCGUUGAAACUGCAAACGGAAACGUUCGUUUUCCAUCGCGUUUUGCUUGAACGGAUGCAACGACGCCCCGACAACUCGUAUCCGGUUGAGAGAGAGCACGCGAGAGAACGACCAUUCCCGUCCGUUCCAAUUUCACUGGCCAAUUAGAGGAAUUAUGAAAUUCCGGGAUAAUUCGUUAAUGUAAGCGAUGCCCGGCUAGGAGAAAUAAAAAGCAAGUUUCGUAUGCGAGAUGCUGGGAACGAGAGCCGUACGACGGUAGGGAUGGAGGGCCCAGGUCUGAGCUUGUUUCAGGGUUCAGAAAGCAUUCGGCUGAACUCAAGCGCGCAAGGCUUGGAGGAAGAUGAGGAACAAGAAGACCUUAAGAGACGCAAUAAAGAGAUUACGGAUCUCUUGACCAAUGCGUUUGAUGAUUUGGAGGAUGACAAUGAGACCAGUUCUGUGAACAGUAGUCAUUAUCAAGACAGUGCCAAGGAAGUAGAGAUAAAUUCUACUCAGGGUCAAACUGUAUCUCAGUUACAGAAAGAAUUUGGUGUUUAUGAACAUGAAAAUUCCAAUAACUAUGACAGCACAAUGAUGAAUCACAGGCCAGAGAUGGAAAUUGCUCCUUCAAUGUGUGAUAUGUAUGAUUCUAAAAGUAAUGCAGAAACACCUUAUGAAUUGGCAAGACCCCCAAAUUUAAGGGUUCAAGUUAAUGAGGAUUAUACAUUUCAUGAAAAUUAUACGUACAAUUACCAAACACCUGCCAAUCACUAUGAUGCUCAGAAUAAACCUUAUUCAAAUAAUGGUUACAUCGAUGGUUAUGAGAACAACCUACAAGGCAAACAGAUUCAUGAGUUUGGUAGUGGUGACAAUGUUACAUCUGAUCAUUUGAAUCAUUGUUACAAAGCAAGUCCAAAUGGUAGGCCAAGGGAUGAUAACAUAGCUUAUAAGAAUGCUGAGUAUGACAGCAGGGAGCAAUUAGAGGUUUUAUACUCAGUUCGAAUGAGGGAAAUCAAACAAUUAACAGAGGAAUUACAGCAGCUACAGAUGAAGAAGGAGGAAGAGAAAAAUCAGCUUGGUCGAAAAAUUAUGCUUCUGCAAGCGGAAAUUGAGAGAUCAAAUUUAUCUAGGAAUCAGACACAGCACGCUUUAGUUGAUGCAAAAGCAGAAAUUGCUGACCUCUACAAUCAGAUAACAUCGUUGAAAGAAAAGAAUGCGGUUUUAGAAAGAACUAAUCAAAAUAUGAAUGAGGAACUUAAUGUUGCAAGAGAUUCAGUAAUAGAGUUGCAGCAAAAAAUAGCUGUGUUAGAAAGAGUACAAGCAUUGCAGUCAAGUGACAAAGUUCAUGAAAAGUUUUUGAAGCAGGCACAGGAAAAGCAUGCAGUUGAAAUGAAGAAUAUGCAGACGCAGAUUGAUGUUCUUACAGACAAGCUUAAUGCAAAGGAGACAUCAUAUGUUGCUCUGGAAAAUAAAUUAGCGGAUGUAAGGCGAGCACACGAGGCUCUCAUAGUAGAAAAGGGGGACACUAUGAAUCGCUUAGCACAAGCGUUAGAAGAAAGUCAAGCACAAUGCCGCAAUCUUAUGGCUACGAAUAAUGCUCAACAAGUGAUGCAGCUGCAAGCGCAGAUCAAAGUAUUAAUACAGGAAAAAGAAGAAACACAAAAGAUCAUUCAGGAAUUACAGAAUAAAUUAGAGAUAACAAAAAGUGAAAUAGUACAAUAUGAUUCGUUGUUAGCAACGACUCUGGAAGAAGAAUCAGAUUCAAUUAGACAACUAAAAUUAGGUGAACUUCAUAAUAAAUCAAAAUCAAAAUCAUGUGAUGACAUUGCAAAUAAAUUAAGAGGAGAAUUACAGAGAUGCCUAGCUGGACAGGCUGUUAAAAGGAAAGAGAUAACUCGGUUAGAGAACACUUUAUCACAGAAAGAGAAGGAACUUGAUAAAGCUUUAAUGGUAGCGGACACGUGUCGGCAAGAAGUGGCUCGUUACGCGAAACGCGUGAACGAAUUAGAACAGGAAUUAAAAUCUGUGCUUACAGAUCAAGCUUUGAAAGCGAAUGCUCAAAUACAAAAGUUAUCUAACCAUCUGAGUGAUGUAAAGAAACAAUACGACUCGGUGAGUGAGGAGAAGAAUGAAUUGAAGAAAAAGUUGGAAGAAACUUUAGCGAUUAAUCAAGAAACAAUGAGAAAAUUGCAUCAAGAGAGUAUGGAUAAGCAAGAAAAAGAUGCCAUUGAUGAGUAUAAUAAAGAAUAUUUAGAGAUACAUGCUAAGGCUGUAGAAAGAGUUAGGCAAGAGGCACAAAUUGAAGUAGUGCAAUUAUCAGUGCAAUUAGAACAAACGCAAAAGGAGUUGGAUCGCGUUAAGGAAUUGUAUAUAGACGUCUGUAGUACAAAGGAACAGUUUAUAAAUGAACACAAGUCUGAAAUGAAAAUGUUGAAGGAAAAGUAUGCUAAUUUAGAGGAGCGUGAGAAAGAUAUUGAGAAGUAUGAACGAGACUUGCAGGCACAAGUAAAAAUAGUAGAGAAAUUAACGGAGGAAUGCGACACAUACAGGAGUAAAGUUAUUGAAUUAGAAAAAGAUUUGAAUUUUGAAAGGAAGAAAAAGGAAGAGUAUACAAGGAAAAUUCAUCAAGAAAUUGAAAGAGCUAAAGAGGAAGCAUUGAAUGAACUACGCAAUGCUCAUCCGAAUCAAGAAAUAAGCGUUCUCUUGCCAGAUCAUUGUUCGGAACACUUAGAGAAAAUUAAUCAGUUAGAAGAGGAUUGCAAGCGUUUGGAAGAAAAACUCCAUGCAGCAGUUGACGAGCACAAAAGGUUAUCCGAAUACCAAUCUGAAUUGGAUGACGCAAGAUUAAAAAUAGCACAGGUAGAAAUUUCCCAAGAGUCUUGGAAGAAGAAAUACGAGAAUGCGAUCAACGAAAGGAAUGAUUUAAUUGCGAAAAUUUCGAAACUUGAUUCUGAAUUAUCAAAUAUCAAAAGGAACUCAAAAAUCGAAGACUCUGAUGACGUCAAAUUAAAAGUGGCUCGCUAUCAAGUAGAGAAUGAAAGUCUGAAGAACAAAUGUGAAAAUUUGAUCAGCGAAAGGAACGUAUACAAGGAUAAGAUUUCUCAGUUAGAAACAGAAUUGACGGAAACGAAGAAGAUAAUUGGGAGUUUUGAGAAUAGGUUCAAAAAGAGCAGCGAAAUAUCAUUGAGUUCAAAAUGUGAAUUAGAAAAGGAACUGUCACACUAUAAAGAUCUAGUGACACAACUGAGUAGUAAAAUAAAUCAUUUGAAAGCCGGAAGAAAGAGCGAUUUAGUGAUGGAGCAAAGGAUUAAACAAUUGGAAAAAGAUAUCCAAGGAAAGGAUGAAGAAUUGGAAAGGUUAAAAGACUUUGAAAAGAUAAAAGAGGAAAGGGAUCAACUUGUGUUGAAAUUAAAAAAUCAAGCCAAACAGUUUGAACAGUACGUUAAAAAUCAGAAACAAGUGUCAGCUGAGUUAAAUUUAUCCCCGCGCAGUUCGAGCGACGGUACAGAUUUCCAGAAGAUCAAAGAGAUAAUGAUUAAAGAGGUUCGCGAGGAGAUGGAGCAAAAGGUAAUCGAAGAACUGAGGGGGAUAGAGGAGCAGCAUCGUGAAAAGCGAAAUGAAUUAGAAGAGAGAUACAAAUCGAUCUUAUUAGAAUUACAAACCAGAUGUAACGAAAAGACUCAGGAAUUGGAAAACUUGAGAGAGGCGAUGCUUGCGGAAAAGGUAAAGAUUCAUUCAUCCUUCAAAGCGAAGGAACAGUUUGUUAGUCAAUUGAUUGAAAGCAAACUAGAAACUUACUACAAAGAAUUAGUUGCACGAAAGUUGAAAAUCGAAAAGUUACAGGAAGAGUUAAAGCAAAAAGAGAGCGAUGUCGAUGAGGAGAGAAAUUUGAUGGCUCAGGUAAUGACUAAAUGGGCUGCAGAGAUUAGGGAGAUAAAAGAUAAAGAAGCUGAGAUGAACGAAAGAUUGCAGCUGGUGCAGGAAAGCGAAGAAAAUCUAAAAGCAGAGAUAAAAGCGUUGAAAGAGAAGGAGAAAGAAAUGAAAAGCAACAUCGAUACGUUAAAACAUAAAUAUCAGUCAGCAAAGAAAACAGCAAAUAAUUAUAAGGAGCACGCGGAGAACAAAGAGAAAUUUUUGUUAAGCGAAUGCAAGCGUAUAGAGGAAGGAUACAAAAGAGCCAUGAAUCAAGUACAACAAAAGCUUGAAGCAAUCGUUAGUACUCAAGAGGAACAAGUAGCCACUAAACUGAAGGAACUUGAGUGUCAGUAUACAGAGAGAAUAGAACAAAUGCGACUUACACUGAAGUACAAAAAUAAAUGUUGAAGUAUGUAUUAAUAUUUUAAUACGCAAUAUAGCUUUGGUAGUUUAAAGAAAGGCGAGAACGUAGUUAGAAGAGGCUAGAUAUUUUAUAAUUUAAAGCACUUUAUUGUACAACACUUUAUUAGAAGAUUUUUUAUUUUAGGGACCAAUAAUUUAAUGCAUUAGGUGUAUAAAUAAAUUCGGUGCCUUUAGCGUUUUUUCAAUUUUUCCGUGCAUCGGUAAUUUUGAAAAGUGACGCGGGGAUAUGAUUUCAGUGAUUGGAGUUACCAUGACUUAUUGAAGAUAAAUUUACAAUUAAAAAGUAAUUUAGCACCGAAUUAAUGUCUGCACCUAAUACAUUGAUAGAGUUAUUAUUUGUUCGCUGUACAUUUAUUAACAUGCCAGCGAACGAUAAAUGUAAUUUUAUAAACUGCGAAUAUUAAAGUACAAUUUCCCGGUUAAUUAAUAGAGUACUAAUUAUAUGAUAAAUCUUAAGAAGAAAAUGAAAUUGUAAAAAGAGAAAAGAACCAUUUUUUCAUUAAUUUUAUAAAGUUCUCAUUGAACGUUAUGACAUAAUAUUGCAAUGCAAGACUGGAUCUUCACUAUAUCUUUUUUUUAUUUUCUUAUAAAGUAGAUAGAGACGUUAGAACCUAUUAGAAGGUUGUAGAUCAUUUUUAUUUGACUUGAAAUGUCAAAGUAUUAAGAAACUGUUCACAAUUUUAUAUAUCUCAAGAAUGUAGACAUUAAGAUUGUACAAAAUGUGACCUUAUCAUAAAAAAGAAACCUGGCGUUAUGUAUAAAAGUUUAAGAUUUAUACUUGAUGUGCGAUAUCAAGUUAUAUAACAUAAAAUAUUAAAAAUUGAGAUUGGAAAUAUAUUUAUAUCAAUUUGGGUGGUAAAAUUUGUUAGGUGUACCAAUUAAUUCGGUGCCCUUGGCGUUACUAUUUCUAAUUUUUCCGCGCUUCUGUGCAUUUGUAAAGUAGCGUGAGAAUAUGAAAAAGCAUCGAAUUAAUUUCUACACCUAAUAAUUUCUUCUGAGCACAUAUACACAUAUGAAAUGUUUUGUACAAA